UUUUUAUUACCUAUACGCGUCUAACCACUGUCCGCUGCCGAUCGUCUCUCGUCGCGUCCGUUCGAUCAGUCAGUCAGAGUCGGUCGUCGAACGCAUUAGGCAAUAUAUUUAGCUGGCAUCCACCGCAAAAAUAUUAUACUACAUACAUCGUUAUUGAUAUAUCAAUAUUAAAAAAAAAACUCUAUACAGGCGCCGACAUCCGAUCAAGUCAGUACAAGCGGUCGGCCGUCGUCGGUGGGAAUCGCACGCGGACGUCAUCGCCAUCACACGUCAUACGUGCACAUAUAACCAAUAUAUUAUAACUGCAUCACGGCAUCAUAUAUAUUGUCAGGUCCGUGUCGUAUAGUCGUCCUCGCUCGGCGCUAUAUUUGAUAAGUCGAUAUCGUCGUCAUAUAUUACAAACGCGGGAACCACGACAGUAUAGUAAGUCGACGUAGAAGACACGACCGACAUGGACAAGCAACAGGAAGCCGCGGUAGCAGCAGCCGGUACACCGUCGGAAGACAGCAUCAGCAUGAAAACGGAAUAUCCCACGCACGAGGUGUACGUCUCCGAACCGCCACCGGCUUACAAACUCAAAACUAGACCGACUGCCGUCCAAAUAGCGAGAAUAGCGGCAUUCACUGUGAUCGCGUGCUCGUUCAUACUUGGAUCAUUCAUGUUGGCUGCUGCUUGGCUACAAGCAAACGCAUCUUGCUCACAGUUAAUGCACGCCGAAGCACUCCUCAGACAGAGUGAAGAGGCUGUAGACCGUCCACAGUAUCAAGCACUAGUCGACCCUUUGCAAUCAGACGAGACAUCUGAUUCAAAGCAAGAGGAACUUCCCGUGCACCAACAGUCAACCAGAAACGCCGAAAGUACGACAACCGGUAAUAACGAUCAACAACCAGCUGCACCAGUUCAAAUCAAGUUCCCAAUGGAAUUAGAUUUCGACGAAAUCGUUGGGGCUUUACUUGAGAAAAAUCAACGUUCGCGCAUGAACUGUGUGAUUGAGAAGAAACGCGCCGAAGAAGUCAUGGACCAUCAACCAAAAACGUUGCGUCUGCCGUUCGGAGUAAACAUUACUACUGAUCCUCGUUUUGAACACGUUACGGGUGAACGAUUGAGCAUCGUUUGCGAGAGUGGACAUGAUGAAAGACGAACUCCAAGCCCGGUGGAACAAAUGCAACAACAGCCAUCUAUAAUGAUGCCGAUGCCAAUGGGCAAUAAUCCGAUGACUCAUUUACCAAGUAUGAUGGGACCACCACCGCCACCACCGCCACCACAACAACACCAUAUGCCACAUCCUCACCAUCAUCAAGGUCCAAUUCCAUUGGCCAUGAUUGCCCGAAUCAACGCCGACAUUGACAAUCAGCUUCAACUGCAAGAGCAACAGCAGAUCGAAGAGCACAUCAUCCCCAUCUUUCAACAGUUGUUACCCGAACUGAGACCAUCGCCCGAUAGCCACCACGAACACCAUAAACAAGAAGCAGAAGACAGAGCUAUGCCCAACAAAGUUCUAUAUCAUCCAGCGAUGGCCGAAGGAAGAGCCAUGUACACCGUUGCUAUAUCCGACAAGCCAAACGGAGACGGACCGAUGAUGCACCACCAAGCUAUGCCGUCCGAAUCUGUGCGCCAGAAUGCACCCAUAUUCCAGAGGGUUCCUAUUCACGUGCCCGUGUCCAUGAUGAUGCCACCUGGUGCCGGACAAUCGAUCCAACAAGACAAUCCAAUAGACGAACCCAAACCAGAUCUUCGUCCACACUUUGUUCACCCACGUUCAGUUGAGUCAGUUCAUGAUAUCAACCAAAAUGAAGAGAUGGAUUCUAGAAAAUGAUUUUUCAAUUUGGCAAACAUUAUUUUACAUUAAAAAAAGAAUAGAUCUUUUGUUAAUGUCGGUAAAUUCUUAAAAUAAGCCCAAAUUGACAUUAGGAUUACAAGAAUCAAAUAACAAUUAAGCUUAAAGAAUUUUUAUGGAUAUUUGAUGUCAAGAAAUCAGUGUAUUUGGUAUACAUAUAAUAUAUAUUUGAUCUUUGUUUACAACAUAGUAUUUUUAAGUUUUGUUAAUGUUAAUUGUGAUAGAUUAAUAGAUUAUUAUAACAUUUAUAGUUUUGCUUUCAAAUAAAAUCUAUAUUCAAUUUUGUUAAA